UCUCAGCUCCUGCUCCAGGCGGCUCCUCCGGGCAUGCUCCUUAAGCCAAAGUAUGGCCGCUUUCGCAACGAGUCUGUGACCUCCUCUGACGACCUGAUGCAGAGCUUAGCCAUGAGCGGCAAAGUUGUGGCCACACCGGUGGUCUCCGCCACGAGCCUUCCUCUGCCUCCCCUGCCUCCUCUGCCUCCUCUGGAUCACACUGCCAGAUCGUCCUCCUCUGCCGGGGCUGCAGCCCUGGCCGACUCCCCUUCCCUGGAUGGGGAGCAGGAUACCACCACAACUUUCUGCAUGCUCAUCCCCAGGAUGCCCCAGUGGAAGUUCUCCAACUCCCUGCUCAGCCGGAGCCCGUCCAGCUCCAGCUCUAGCAAGGACCCAGGGAAGGCGGCUCCUUCCCAGACCUCUUCUUCACAUAGCUCCUCAUCACACAGGCACAGUGGUGUGGCCUCAGCCAGCGGCCCGGUGGCCAGUCUCGCAGCGGUGCUUAACUCUUGUGACCCUGUCUGUGUCACCCCCUGUUCCUUGCAGGCCAUUCGAGGGCAGCGAGCACUUGCGGCGGCGAACUCUGCCAAUCCAGGGGGCCACGGAUUUGGGGCCACAGAGGCCAUGGCGAGCCCUGGGGGUUCCAGCGGCUCCAGGUCAGGAAUGGUCCGCAGGACAAGGGUGGAAGGCAUGUGGCUCGAGGGAGAGGACUUCACCCAGAAGGGUGGCUUCAUCCACAAACCCUCUCAAGGCUGGCUGCACCCUGACAAGAAGAUAGCAGGACCAGGGGCCUCUUAUAUUGUCAGGUACAUGGGCUGCAUUGAAGUAUUGAAGUCAAUGCGCUCCCUGGACUUCAACACGCGGACUCAGGUGACAAGGGAAGCCAUCAACAGGCUGUGUGACACUGUGCCAGGCGGGAAGGGAGCGUGGAAGAAGAAGGCCCAUAACAAAGCGCUCCAGUCCGUUAUGGGGAAAAGUAAUCUGCGAUUUGCAGGCAUGGGUAUUGCCGUCAAUAUUUCCAUAGAUGGCCUCGGUCUGCUUAUCCCCACCACACGACAGGUGAUAGCACACCAUCCCAUGCAGUCCAUCUCAUUUGCCUCUGGAGGAGACACAGACACGCCUGAUUAUGUUGCGUAUGUGGCCAAAGACCCAGUGAAUCAGAGAGCAUGUCACAUCCUGGAGUGCUCAGACGGUUUAGCCCAGGGUGUCAUCAGUACCAUCGGCCAAGCCUUCGAGCUGCAGUUCAAACAGUACCUACACAGUCCUCCCAAAACCAUGGCGUCUAUGGAGAGGUCUGUCAGGACAGAAGAGGUGAUGUGGGGGGAGGAUGAGGACUUCUCUGAACAUAAUUACUACAACAGCAUCCCAGGGAAGGAGCCUCCUGUCGGGGGAGUGGUGGACUCUAGACUCAGGCCAAAUGGAGCUCUGCUGGGUCACAUCCACACACAACCACAGAGCAAGACGGCAGCACAGAUGGGCUCCCCAGCGAGGAGGGAGCAGGCUUCUUAUCCCCCCGGCCAGCUGUGCUAUGAACUGCACUGGGACACUGAGACGACCAGCAGCUCAGGUCUGACAUCAGAUGGUUACCUGUGUGCUGACGGCCAGCCACCAGGCAGCAGAGAUUACGAGGAACAUCAGUACGUCAACACCCAAAGUCUGGAAAACCUGGAUUCCCUGGCGCAGGGGCCCAAUGCACACAGAGGGCCCCGGGCACCAGACAGUCCAAAAAUGGACCUCUUUGACAUGAGGCCCUUCGAGGACGCCCUGAAGCUCCACGAGGCCUGUGGAGGAGCUGCUGGAUCUGCAGCUGGAGGGGGGGGUGUCCGGAUCCUGGAGGACCAGUGGCCCAGCCCUCCACGCCGUCGAGCCCCCGUGGCCCCAAACGAGGAGCAGCUCCGCAGGGAGAUGUGGUACCACAGCCGCAUGAGCAGGCGAGACGCAGAGAAACUCCUGGUCCGAGACGGAGACUUCCUGGUCCGGGAGAGCACUACCAACCCAGGACAGUAUGUGCUAACCGGCAUGCACUGUGGGCUGCCCAAACACCUACUGCUAGUGGACCCUGAGGGAGUGGUCCGAACCAAAGACAUGUUAUUUGAGAGCAUAAGCCACCUUAUCUCAUACCACCUUAAGAACGAGCUGCCUAUUGUAGCAGCAGAGAGUGAGCUCCACCUCAAACAGGUGGUCAGGAGGAAACAGUGAGCCACCUGGCCCUUCAUGGGAAGCUGAAUUCUUGAGUUCCCAUGAAAACACUACAGAAAAUAUAAAUGAACAUGGAAAUAAUUGAUUACGGAUGGAUAUCUAUGUGCAACAAAGGAUAGCGGUGACGCUUUCUUUCCGUGAACAAUUCCGUUACGGAGACUGAGGCAUCUGACUUCUCUUUGUACUUUCUCUGCCUUUUGCCUGGAUUAACCGAACUAUCCCUCGCCUGUCAUAAACUCCUCAGCAUGAAGCUAUUAAGAAUCCACAGUUUGACGAAUUCCAGACAGAAUUUGUCAACCAAAGCCCGACGACUGUUUGAAGAGGAACUUUGGGGAAUCAAAUAAGGAUUUGAUACACAGUGAAGUCCUGCAAUGCCUGUCGUAGUGAGGUGCUUCCAGUGAACCAUGGCUUGGUAUCAUGACCGGUCAGUCAGUCGCAGGUCAUUCACAGAACAAAUAAUGGACAUCGCCAUAACAAAACUCUGAACAAAACAAAUCUGGUUGAUGUCAGGUUACUCUGUCAUUCAUUUCUGUGUAAAUGCAAGGCAUGAAAAUACUGUGAGACAACGGAAGAAGUGUCUGUUUCACUGGAAUGUAAAGACUGUACCUGACCCUGAGAUGGCACAAUGGAAACAUACUGAGCAUGAGUCAGUGCUGGAUUUAUGAAAGAGACACACAUACUUCUGCCUCUUUGUUUUGUUUCUCCAUGAUAAUCGAGGCACCAAAUCCCAGUAAAAAAAAAAAAAGUAUUAUUAUCUUCAUAUAGACAGUCAAGUGGACAUAUAAUACAUUGUCUUGAAAGUUUUAUCACAUUUACCAUAAAUAUCAGUCAUUUGUGUUUGUAAGGACUGCUCAUAAUUU